AUGGAGAACAGCACAGAGGUGACCCAGUUCCUCCUGCUGGUACUGACGAAUGACCCACACCUGCAGGUUCCCCUCUUCAUCACCUUCCUCCUCAUCUACACCAUCACUGUGGCUGGGAACCUGGGGAUGAUCCUGCUGAUCCUCCUGGACCCUCGUCUGCGCACUCCCAUGUACUAUUUCCUGGGCAACCUGUCUCUGGUGGACUUUUGCUCUUCCUCAGUUGUCACUCCCACAGUCAUGACUGGGCUGCUUACAGGAAACAAGGUCAUUUCCUACAAUGCUUGUGCUGCUCAGAUGUUCCUGUUUGCAACCCUCAUUUGUUCAGAAAAUUAUCUCUUGGCCUCUAUGGCCUAUGACCGCUAUGCAGCAGUGUGCAAGCCCCUGCACUACACCACCACCAUGACCACAAAUGUGUGUGUGUGUCUCGUCAUAGGCUGCUAUGUCAUCUCAUUUGUGGAUGCCUCAGUCCACACUGGGGACACAUUCAGUCUCUCCUUUUGCAGCUCCAACUUGAUCCAUCACUUUUUCUGUGAUGUCCCACCAGUCAUGGCUUUCUCCUGCUCUAACAAACAGGCUAAUGAGCUGAUUCUUGUUUAUCUUGUGAGCUUUCAUAGCUUUUUUGCCUUCCUUGUUAUUUCAACAUCCUACUUCUUCAUUUUUGUCAUCAUCCUAAGAAUGCACUCAGCUGCAGGACAUCACAAGGCUCUGUCCACCUGUGCCUCCCACUUCACCGCCGUCUCCAUCUUCUAUGGGACAGUCAUCUUCAAGUACUUACGGCCCACAUCCAGUCACUCCAUGGACACUGAUAAAAUUUCCUCUGUGUUCUACACUAUAGUCAUCCCCAUGCUGAACCCUAUGGUCUACAGCCUGUGGAACAAGGAGGUCAAUAAUGCGUUCUUGAAAGUCAAAGAUAAAAUCAAGGCCAAAUAA